GCGAAUCGGUGAGAGUGUGUAGUGAUUGAGAGAGAUUGGUACAUCUCAUCUCCCCCCAAAACCCUAACUUGCCCCAUCCCCAAAAUCUCAGUCACACCCGCAUUCAUGGCCGAAUUCAACGACAACGACCCCCAAGAACCCACAUUACCCUCCAAACGCAAACUCGAUCCCAUCGCCCAAGACAUCCAACACCUCCCAACCAAAUCUCCUAAACUCGCAUCAUUAGAACCCCAACACUCAAACGACAACACUUCCCAAUUUCCCACUUCCCCUUCCCACCGUGUUCUUGGCCCCAGUGAAGACGCCAACGACGACAACCAACAUCAAAGCGACAGCGAUGAUGAAAAUGAAUUAGACGACGACGACGAAGAAGAAGAAGAAGAAGAAGAUGAUGUGGAAGAGGAGCCUGAGGUGGACCGAAAGGGGAAAGGGAUUUUGCGUGACGACAAGGGAAAGGGGAAAAUGAUAGUAGAAGAAGGAGAAGAAGAAGAAGACGACGACGACGAUGACAGUGACGACGACGAUUCCGACGACGAAGGAAGUGGUUCCGGCGAAGACAGCGAUUUUUCCGAUGACCCUCUCGCGGAGGUCGAUUUGAAUAACAUUCUUCCGUCGAGGACUCGCCGGCGAACGGCUCAUUCCGGCGUGCACAUCGCCGGUGGUGACACGGGGAAUGUCGGUGGGAACGAUGAUGAUAGAAACGAUAGCGGUGCCUAAAUCCUGCGAAGUGGAUAGCAGCUUUUGACUGCAUGUGUCAAGUGUUUUAACCUGUGGCUCUUGAAGUGGGCCUACCCAUGUUACUUGAAGGGAGGUUUGGUAAAACUCCACUUCAAGCCCAUUUUAUACAUUUUGGUUGUAGAUUUCAAGGGCUUUGUGUGGACCAUGUAUCUUUCUGUUUCCUGUUCUUAGUUUGACUGAAAAGAAUGAGCAGCGUGCAGUUCAAAGCAAAUUGGAACUUCUUAAGCUCCACCAAGUUACAAAGCACUGAAAAACAAAUGGGCAACUUGUGAUUAUGAUUUCAGAUGGUAAGCAUAAUUUUAAAGAUUAAUAGCAUAUUUAGUUUUAUUUAAUUUCAAAAAACAAUCACUUGUGUUUUAAAAAUUCUCUAAGAAAGUAAAAACAUAAACUAAAUAUGCAUUGAAUUACAUUAUUACAUAGCUACUUUGGACAAUAAUGAAGUUUCCUCCUAUAAAAUAUGUCAAAAACUUCUCCACAUUUACAAUUUGAACUCUCCUUAAAAAAGUUCAAAGAUAAUAUGAAAUUAUUAUUCUAAUUUUUUUAAAAAAAAUUCUUGCAUGUUAAUAUUCCUAAAUUCUAAAUUUGGACAUGCUGAAAUGAGCAACAAAGAUAUGCAAUGGUGGGUUUGUCUUUUGACACACUUUUUCUUUUCCUUUAUGAUAAAAGGACUAAGUGGGUGACAUCACCAGACCAUUUAUGUGGUCCUGUGUUCUCCUUCAUUCUAUCCAUCCAUUUCCCACACCUUUUUACUUUUCAAUGUUUGAAACUAACAUCCAUUUGCAUUUGUUGGUUUUGGGGUUUACCCUUUCUUGCAAGAUUGAAUGUUGGGGAGGUGUAGUUUGGGGCAACAGAAGUGGGGACUUGUUUUGUUUUAUUUUCCCUUUGGAACAGUAUUAGAUAUAUCCAAUUCAACUGUUUAAUCAUCUACACUCAUAAAAGCAGGACCACCAUGCAUUCGUCAUGCGUUAUGAUACCGCAUGCUGCCCCGUUCCGGUGUGGGUCUUCUCGCACACAACUUAAUUUCUCCUCAAUACAAUUUAACCAUUAUUAGUUGUUUAAACUAGUCUUAUAAGGAGCUGAUAUUUACAUUUUUAAGAAUUAAUUGGACUUUUAGUCCCUUUAAUUCGGUUCAGGUGUGAUUUUAGUUUUUUAUUUUUUUCAAACUAAUUAAGUUUCACUACUUUUAAAAUUGUACAUUUUGCUCCCUCCAUCGAUUUUAUUCUAUUAAAAUCAUCAGAUUAUUAUUUUUGUCCAAAAAAUGAGGAUUAUGUAUUGGGUAGAAAAUUUGACAAAAAAAUUUACAAUAUUAAAAGUAGAGGACUUAAUUAAAAAAAAAUAUUAAAAUCGCAACAAUAUCAAAUUAAU